AAGUACGGCAGUGGACUCGUCGUAUAUAUAGCAGGCACGUGGGAGAGAAUAGCACACGGCAUUUUUAACAUUCCGCAGGUAGAGUUCUUGCUUUAGUACUGAACGAGGCAGCAUCCAGGAAACCAGCCGCAAUGUCUCAGUUAUCGAAAACAGAAAUCGAAGAUGUUCGGGAGGUGUUCGACCUUUUUGAUUUUUGGGAUGGUCGUGACGGCGACGUGGACGCCGCGAAAACCGGCGACAUGCUGUACUGUCUGGGCCUGAACCCCACACAGGAGAUCAUCAUGAAGAACGGCGGAGUCAAGAAAUUCGGCGAGAAGUCGUACAAAUUCGAAGAAUUCCUCCCAAUCUACGAAACCGUUGCCAAGGAAAAAGACACAGGAACUUAUGCAGACUUCAUGGAAGCCUUCAAGACAUUUGACAGGGAAGGUCAGGGAUUCAUCUCCUCAGCGGAAAUGAGACACGUGUUGACGUCAUUGGGCGACCGACUGAGUGACGAGCAGGUUGAUGACAUCAUUAAGUGUAUCGACUUGAGAGAGGAUUUGGAAGGAAACGUCAAAUAUGAAGAGUUCAUAACAAAGGUCAUGGCCGGUCCCUUCGAUAAGUAAAGGAAUUCAUUUCCAAAGUGCUGGCUGGUCCAUACCCUGACGAUAAAUAACAUUAUUAACGAAACAGAAAACAAAAUUUGAUUUAUGAUCAGUUGUGUCUAAAAUAGCGACAACAUCAACAAAAACCCAAACAAAACAAAACAAAAACAAAAACCCAUGGUUUUAGAAGAUGCUGCUGCAGAUUCGUGCCAAAAGUAACUCCAAACUUAGCACUACAAACCGGACAUCCUUUCGCCAAAUAGAAGAAUUAGUUUAGGAACGUAGCAGCAGAGGAGAACUUUUUUUUCUUCUUGGAUUUCUUACUGAAGACGCAACCUGCCUCGGAAUAUGUGUAUUAUUUUGCCGUGUGUACUUUUAUUUAUUUCUGUAUAUCCCUGAUCAUUAGCGGACUAUUUGAAAGACAGAUGGAUCCGCGGAGUAAUACACGAUGUACAGCUGUUUAUCAGAAAAGUGUUUAAACGAAAAUGUCUACGUGGGUAAACCUCUUGCAACCUCAGCGGCGUGUACUGUGCAAUAUAUCCCAAUAAAGAUGUUUUCACUCGGA